AGCAGACAAAAUGGCUGUUUGUCCUUGAACCCCGAGGGAGCGGCUGGCGAUUCCCCCGCGGGAACACGGCGCCAGCCAAGCCCUGCGGCCGCCGCAAAACCCAGGCGCUGCAGCCUCGGGCUCUGUCCCAGUUGACACAAUGACAGACUUUGAGAAGAACCUCAGCCAGGACAUGAUUUCUCAGCUGCACAACUUUGCUGCCGUGGGAGAUGCAGCCAGACUGAAAGCACUGCUCAGUCGUUCCCCGUCACUUGUCAACGCAGCUGCAGGGAAUGGCUGGACAGCCCUGAUGUUCGGUGCCAGGAAUGGACACCUCGAGGUUGUGCGGGUUCUUCUUGAACAAGGGUGUGACAGAUCCAUCAUUAAUAAAUCAAGGCAGACAGCUCUGGACAUCGCAAAAUUUUGGGGGUACAAACACAUAGCUAAUUUGUUGGCUAAUGUCAAGGGUGAUCAGAAGCCUAGUUUUUUGUCAAAUGAUGUGAAAGAAUAUGAAAAUUAUUUUGGCAUGACACUUCUGGACAGAAGGAGUGAUAAAAGAACAGAUUCCAAGUGGCUGAGUAAAAAACAAAGCCAUCCAACUACAGUAUACAUCCUCUUCUCAAAUCUAAGUCCCCUAGUUACUUUGGGUGGGGGAAUAGAUAGUUCCCAGCAGCCAGAAGUAAAGCUUUGCAGGCUGUACCACAAGGAUGUGGAGCAGUGCCUGAACAAAACUGAAGAGUGUACCUUGAUUUUUCUUGGAGUUGAACUUCUUCAGAACCUGGCAGCUGCUUGCAAUGGGAGGGUUCUGCAAGAAGAUGAAGAGGACGGGUUAGUUGCUUGGUUUGCUCUUAGCAUAGAUUCUGCUUCUGCCGAGAAAUUUAAACAGAAGCAUGAGGACUGUUACUUUCUUCACCCACCAAUGCCAGCACUGCUGCAGCUACCUGAAAAAGAAGCUGGAGUAGUAGCCCAGGCUAGGUCUGUUCUAGCAUGGCAUGACCGUUACCAAUUCUGCCCAACAUGUGGGAGUACAACCAAGACUGAAGAAGGGGGUUACAAGAAAACUUGCUUAAAAGAAGAUUGUCCCAGUCUCCAAGGAGUUCACAACACAUCAUAUCCAAGAGUUGAUCCUGUUGUGAUAAUGCAAGUCAUCCAUCCGGAUGGGAACCACUGCCUUUUAGGUAGGCAAAAGAGGUUUCCUCCCGGUAUGUUCACCUGCCUUGCUGGAUUUGUAGAACCUGGUGAAACAAUAGAAGAUGCCGUUCGGAGAGAAGUGGAAGAGGAGGCUGGAGUCAAAGUUGGCCACGUUCAGUACGUCUCUUGUCAGCCAUGGCCAAUGCCCUCAUCCCUAAUGAUUGGCUGCUUGGCUGUGGCAGUGUCCACAGAAAUUAAAGUUGACAAGAACGAAAUAGAGGAUGCCCGCUGGUUCACUAGAGAACAGGUCGUGGAAGUUCUCAUCAAAGGAAACCAGCGUUCAUUCUUUGUACCACCGAGUCGAGCUAUUGCACACCAGUUGAUAAAACACUGGAUUGGAAUGAAUGCUAAUCUUUAGUUCAAAUAAUAUAAUCAAAUAAUCAAAUAAUUGAUAUAAGUUACUUCUCCUGUUGAAUACUAAAUUAGGAAUAAACUAGAAUUGUUUAUCUAGUAAAUGUGCAACCAUAUGAUUUUUGAGCCCUUCCUUAGGUUCCUGAGCUAAAGGAUCAUUUGUAGGUGUUUUCAGAGCUGAAUUGGAAAUGGACAACAAUUAUCCCAAACAAGCAAGCAACAAAUCGUUAGAACUGGUACCUUGUUGUUCACAGGUUGGUUUUUUGUCCUAGAAUCAAAUUAUUAUGCUUCUUGCUGUUAUACUUUUAAUGUUUGAUUUGGUCCUUCCUCCACUGGAAAGAGUCACAGCAUUACAAAGAGGGAUGUCUGACUUUGCCUGCUGUUUGAAUUUUGUGUUUACAUCCUCCUAUUUUAUCUUAAUUGCUUCUUUCUCAUUUUUGCCUUUCUACAUUCUUUAAAUUCCACCUGUCACAAAAAUCAGCAUUCAGUGCUGGAAGUGUCACCAGCAAUGGUUAUUUUUAAGCUAAUAACAUAUGUAAAUAGUGAAUAUGUGGUACUAGGUAUCUUUUACAUUAAUAACUUAAUUUACGUUAAUGCUCUAAACAGAGCAUUUAUUCAUCCCUUCUGAUUUGGUCUGCACUUACCCAAUUGCAUGUCAGCCUGAAUUUAAAGGUAUAACACAAUGCUCUGGUUUCACAAAGGUUUUGGAGAGCCAUCUCCAAAAGCCUAAAUAUUAGUAUUUUAUAAGAUAAUAAUGUACUUAACUGCCCCUAGGCAGUAAGACAUGUCCUUCUCUGAUGAUUAAAAAUGGAACUGUAGAGUAAUGGAGGAGGAAAAACAAGACAUAUCAUCUCAAAAUAUGCACAAAAUUCUUUAUGAAAGUGGAGAUGCUAAGAUAGUUACUGCUAUUAAGAAAUUUACACUUGAAAUAAGUAUAUUAACUGCAGGUAUAAGAUUGGGAAAGCGUUACAUGAAUUAAAGUAUUUACUUAUAUGUACUUAAUGCUAUAGUUCAGACUUGUGCCUUAAUUUAUCAAGGUUUUGAAAAGAAUGUUAACUUAAUAAUUUCAAAAUAAAAGUAUAUUAUUUUUAUUACUAA